CGGUUUUUGGCUGAUUGGUGCGGUGCGGUUUGAUUCCAAACCGAGGUUUGCUGUUUAUAUGAACACUCUAUUGGCGACUGAGUUGUACGCUCCUUUCCGCCUCUUCAAAUUACGUUUCGCUCUCACUCUGACAGCUAAAUGGCUAGAGAUCGGAACGGUGCGAUGCCGGAGAAAGAUGAGAAUCGUUCUGAGAGAGAAGAAGAAAGUGAAAGAAAAUCUAGGAAACUACGGGAAAAUUCUGUCCCUGAAUCCGGAGACGAUAGAAAACACAGCAAAUCCAGAAGGAAAGCGCGGGAAAGUUCCGAUUCUGAUGGUGAAGAAGAUAUAAAACACGAGAAAAGCCAAAGAAGGAAGGGAAAAUCGCGGAGGCGAUACAGCAGCGAGGAGGACACGAGUUCGGGCUCCGAAUACGAGUACACAGAUUCUGAGGAUAUUGGUUCGGAAUCGGAGUCCGAGUCUGUGUUGGAGGGUUCGGGCUCGGAGGAGAGCGAGAGUGAGAGGAGGAGGAGGAAGAGGAAGAGAGAAAAGAGGAAAAGAGAGAAAGAAGAGGAGAAAGAGCGGGGGAGGAGGAAAAAAGAGAAGGAGCGGAAGAGGAGGAGAAGAGAGAGAGAGGAAGAGAGGAAGAAGAAGGAGAAGAGAAAGAAGAAAAAGAAGGAGAAAAAGGAAAAGGGGAAGAAAGGUGCUGUGACGAAUUCGUGGGGGAAGUAUGGGAUUAUCAGAGAAACUGAUAUGUGGACCAAACGACCGGAGUUCACUGCUUGGUUGGCAGAGGUGAAACAGGUUAAUUUGGAAAGCCUGCCCAAUUGGGAAGAAAAACAGAUGUUUAAAGAAUUCAUGGAAGACCACAACACAGCAACUUUUCCUUCUAAAAAGUAUUAUAGCCUUGAUGCACAUUUCAGGCACCGAUUGGAAAAAGAAAUGAAAAAGGGUCUCAAGAAAGUUCAGGAAAAAGAACGUACGGUGUUUAAUGAUGAAGAAAUACGCCGGCAAGAAAUGAUGAUAGUACGUGAAAAGCAGAAAGAAGAACAGGUGGCAGCCUUGAAGCAGUCUAUGCAGGGUGGAAUGGCUCAAGCAAUGAAAGAGCAAGCUCAACUGAGGGAGGAGAUGGCUUACCAUUUCAAGGUUGGAAAUUUGGAGGCUGCAGCUGCAAUUCAGAGAAGGCUGGAUCCGGACGUUGCUAUGUGAAGACUCAUGAGAUGAGUUGGGUUGUAUCUAUUAUUGUUGUCUGCAGUGCAUAUUGGAUUCCUACUAGUACUGCUGAACUUCUGUAAGUCCAUUUGGCUGGUGAACAAGCCAAUUCCAAUCCCCAAGUUAUGUUGUAGGAGACAAAUUUUUGGCCCGGUUCCUUUUGAUGAUCACUGCCCAUUGCUUUUGUAGAUUCACUGACCUGAGUGACCUCACAUUAGGAGGCUAUAUUAAGAGGUAUACUUGGCCCUUUGUACACAUUUUCUGGGUGUUUCCUGAUGCAAGAGUUCUAAAACUCCAGAGCCUAAACAUACUCAAAAUAUUCCUCUUGUGUUAAGUUAAAGCCUUGUCUGGAAUAUGACAUCAAUGUGUUUUGUGAGGUCUGUUGAAUUUUGAUCCUAUAAAUUAUUUGGUUUCGGAUAAAUUAUAUGUUUAUAAUGGUUACACUUGUAAUUUUCUUAUAUCUAUCUAUAAUUUUAAACAUCAUGCUUAGUAUAUUCUGAGUC